AUGAGCACCGAAUCAGCCCUGGGAAUCAUCCUGGCUGUGCUGGCCCCGCUCGUCAUCGCUGCCAACGCGGUGGUGGCCGUGGCUCUCCUCCGCCUCAUCCAGAAGAGCAGCUCCAAGGGGCUCUACUUCGUCCUGAACCUCGCCGUCGCCGACGCCACCGUGGGCUUCACGGUGGUGGGGCUGGUGAUAGACGAGUUCUCCCAGACCGUGAACCGGCCCCAGGUCUUCUGCGUCCUGAGAAUGGCUUUCGUCACCUCCUCUUCGGCCGCCUCCGUCCUCUCCCUGGUCCUGGUGGCGAGUGACAGGCACCUGGCCAUCAGGAAGCCCUUCCACUACCUGCAGCUGGUGACGGGCACGCGCGUGGGCCUGCGCCUGCUGGGGGUCUGGCUGGUCGCCGUCCUCGUCGGCUUCCUCCCUGCCCUCAACCCGCGCUUCCAGAAGGUCUCUGCCCACGCGAAGUGCUUCUUCUUCGGGGUCUUCCAUCCCGCCUACAUGCUCACCGUCUUCUGCGUCGGCUUCCUCCCGGCGCUCUUCGUCUUCGCCUACCUCUACUGCGACAUGCUGAAGGUGGCCUCGGCGCACGUGCAGCAGAUCCUGGAGGUGCAGCAGGCCGGGCUGGCGGGGGGCUGCCCGCCGCCGCGACCCGCCGGCGAGGUGAAGGCCAUGCGCACCGUGGCCCUGCUCAUCACCUGCUUCACCCUCUCCUGGCUGCCCUUCUUCAUCGUCAGCAUCCUGCAGACCGCCUGCUCCAGCUGCUACACGCACGGCGUCGUAGAGAACUACCUCUGGCUGCCCGGGCUCUUCAACUCCCUCCUCAACCCCCUGCUCUACUCCUACAGGCAGAAAGAUGUCAGGCUGCAGCUCUCCCAGUGGGUUGCUGGGGUGAAGAGGAGAAUCUUCCUCCGCCUGGGCAAUGGCCGCCGCUGCCCGGACAGAGGCGCCAAGGCUCUGCCCACCGUGUCCUGCCUGCAGCUCCAGGGCUGA